AUGAGUAGUAUGCACCCUCAGUGGUUUGCAUUGAAUUAUAUUAACAUUCAUUGCAGGCAGAAUAGCAGUGAGGAGGAUCACAAGAUAAUUGAAGAUAAAGCUAUUGAAGAGUUGAUGAUCAAGCAAUUUGUCAAGAGCAAGUCAAAGAAAUAUCAUGAGCACCAGCUUAUGAUCUCUCAGCUUGAAAUCAAGAUUAUGGCUCAUGAUCAUAAUUGUCUUGCUGCAGUCAGUAUAUCAAGAGAGGGGGUUGAGAAGAAGAUGAGGGAAUUCCUGAACCAAUUACAGAAUCUGAGUGAAGAUAACAACAGCUCAUCUGCCCCAGAGAAGAUGAAGGAAGAUGAUUUUAAGAUUGUGGUGUCCUCUGAUAAGAAUGAUAAGAAGAACAAUAAGAUGGAGAAUGAUUGA